CUCGGGAGGCGGAUCCCGGGGGCUGAUCCAUCCCCUCCGCCAUGGCCGCGCUCCCGCAGCCGCCGCCGUUCCCCGUGCGGGGCCGGCGCGGGGCGCUCGGGCCGGGGGGUCCCGGGGAGCCGGAGCGCAAACGAGUGUGCAAACUGUUGGAAAGCAGCCCAGGGGAGGCUAAUGGUGACCACCUCGUGGAUUGUGCCAUGGAGCUGGAUUCCAGACAGAAACUCUCCCCUGACUGUGAUCCUUGGGCAGCAAAAACAAAGCAAAAUUCCAUGAUUUUGGAAAACCAUGGAAGCAGAGGAGCUGCACAGCCUUGCCCCAGAUGUAUUGCUGGAGAGUCUGGACACUUCAGUCAUAUCCUGGGCUCCUAGAAAUGGAGAGCUGGCAGAGGAGCAGCACUGCUUUCCUGGAGUUUGGAUCCUGGAGGUGCCCCUGUUCCCACCUGGAUCCCUGCACACCCCUCCCCUGGUCUGGUUUGUGGUGCUCAGCACAAACCAAAUGGCUCUGGUAGCACUCAGUGCACAAUUUGCAUCAUUUUUACACUUGAAAAAAAUGCUUCUGCUCUUAAGGUAGCUCAGAAUAUGUUUGAAAAGGAAAAGAAAAGGUUGAUUUAAAGUUCUGGACUAAUUGAGUUGAUCUGGCCUUGGGCCUUGUCUUUGCCUGGGCCUGGGCCUGGGCCAGAGGUCAUGCUGAUGUCAGAGGUUUUCCUGGACACAUUCUCUGACACUCUUGGAAAAUGCUCCUUUUACAGGCCCCUUUUACAGGCAGAAACAGGAGGACACAAAUACCUUGGUUUUUAAGUAGCUGCUCAGCUUUGCAGCUGUGAAGGCCAGUAAAAAUCCCCUUGAAGCUUAUAGUGAAAUCCAAAAAAAUCUGUUUAAAAAGGCUUGGACUCAUCAUACAACAUCCUUUUAUUGGCUUGUCACAAAUCAUUCCAUCUAUUUUUUAGCCAGUCUGUAGGUUUAUAUAACUUUUAGGCUCUAAGACAACAUCAUUUUGCUAUUUGGGUGCAACACCUCAGCUUUUGGGCAGAGUUCAACCCAAGAAAGGCACAACAACAUUUGGCUUCUCCUGUUCUGAGAGCAGCCAGGAGCCACUUUAAAUUCAAAUAAAAGCUCCAAAGUUGGACAAAACUAGUAACAGGCUUUUAAAGGUUAAUUUUGGGCUAAGACUGCAAAGUCCUCAGGCAAAGGACUUUUGGAUCCUAAAAUCCUUCCCAUGUUAUGUGGGGAGUUGUAAUUAGCACUGAGUUGACUUACUAAGGAGAUAUUCUUAAUAAAUGGAUGUUGUAUAAAUACUUAAAUUAAUUAAGAAAUAGAUGAGGAAGUAAGUCUAUAAGCAGACCUGCAGUAAAUUGGCAUUCAGACUUUGGUUAGGGAAGAAUAAGUUUUCCUCCAAACCAAUAAAAAAUUUAGUUAAAUUUAAAAGAAAUAUUUUAAAACAAGUCUUUACAUACUUGUUACCAGUGUCUGAGAGGUUAUAUUUUGUAGGGAAUUCAUCUUCACUUUCCCCAACCCUUGUUUUUUUUUAAAAAUCCUGGUAAUCAUGGUAGUAUUAAAGGGGGAAAAAAACCCCAGGACUGAUAAGCAUCAAUUCCUAUGCUGGAAAAGCUGAAAUAGCUGAUUAAAGGUAAAAGGCUAAAAGGUAUCUAGAGUUUAGUUACUGCAAAAUCACUCUCAACCUGUUGUGCUGCUUCAAGUGUGACAAGUAAUGAGUUGGUAUAACAGUGUAUAGUCAAAAUAUAGGGUGUUCAAAGAGGAGACUAUCAAAAGUAGACUCAAUGAUGGAAGAAUUUUCUAUUGUAAUACAUUAGGCAAAAGUAUGGAAUCAUGUUUAAAACACAUCAAACAUACUGCUUUUCGUUUAAAUAACUCAAAUUUUAUCAUGUUAAGAAUUCACAGAUACCUGUGAAUAUUUUUUUUUUCUUCCUUUUGCUUUAAACUUAAAUCUGGGCUGGAAUAUGGUAAAAAUAAGAACCAGCUGGGCUUUUUUGUGGUCCUUGCAGGUUUUGUGCCAUGUUGUUUUAAAUUCUCCUCCUUUUGGAACAACCAUUACUUGGUUUUUUUUUUCAAAUCUGAUGGUACAUAACUCACAGGGCUGCUCACAGUUUGUGGCUGGUGAAGUCACACUAGUGUUUGAUUUUUAAUGUGAUUUUUGGUAUCAGUUUGCCAUUGUUCCUGAGAAUGAGGAGUUUAACAGUUUGCUAAAGUGAAGGCUUUUAAUAGUGCUAUUGUUUUAAAUAGAUAUAAUUUAUUUUGGAAUCUGCCAGAAUCAGAAGGGUUUUGUGGGAGGUACAGGCUGGGACAGGUGAAUAUUCCUUUAAAGCAGAUUUGUGUCAAAUCUGCAACAGAACCACAGAAUUAUUUUUGUACGACUUGUAAAACUAUGAAUUUUUGUAUUAUAGAUAUAAAAUAUAUAAUCUCUAUAUUUCCUAAUGCUGUGGUUUGUACACAGAGUAAGCAGAGCAAUGCUUUAUUUACAUGUACAUAGGAAAAAAAGGAACCUAGUCUGUUUUUAAUUCAGGUUAAAAUGAUAUAAUUAUUAUUUUUAACUUUGUAUUUUGUAAAUUGUUCCUUAAAAAAGCAGAAGCAUUAAAAACCACUUUGGCUACAGCA